AAUUACUUUUAUAUUACAACAAGUCUAUGCUAAUUACCCAAAUUCCGUUGGUUCAACCGUCAUUCAGUCCCGAAUCGAUGCAAGCCAAGAUCAUGGUCAAGUGAACCAGGGGAUUGACAUUCAUCUCAUCUAUCUGUCCCAUGAAGUCAGCAGCCUCCCUCCCAACUUAUCCCCACAAUCUGAAAGGUGGUCAUGGUCAAGGCCUACAAAACAGAAAUUAUUACUCCCCAGUCUCCAGGAAAGGGCCAUCUGCUACAAACCCCAUCAUGUCAAAGUUGUCCUGACCACGUUCAUCGUUAAAGGCGUCGUAUUCUUGGGGACAAUUCUCUCUCUGACGUUGAUCAAUACAAUUUCAUACUAUGUCACCACGACCGUGAUAACUAUUGCGUCCACGAUACCGUGUCUUCUUCCACGCCCAAUUAUAGUCUCCUCAGUCGUAUCAUCUCCUCCCACAAUGAGGACGACGAUUCCCACAACCACCACGACGACGACGACGACUACAACGACGACAACGACCACCCCACCACCCACAACGACGCCUGGGAAUAUCGUAAUUGUUACUUGUCCCCCCUGUUGUGGGAGGAGUGCGAAAUCCAUGUCGCCAUUUAAGGAAAUGUCGAGAAAUACGAAUCAAGCUGAGGAUUUGGUGUUUACGAUAUUUUCUAAUAGUGGGAAAGACUCCUCCUCUUGUGCAAAGAGAUUGCUGUGCGAAUUAAAACAAGUUGUGAAAAAUGGUCACAAGGAUGAAGGAAAUCGGGAAAAUAUUUCCAGGAUUAUGCAGAGAGCCCUUAGUCGUUUGGAAUCUGCAGAAAGGAGAAACGAAAUGUUCAAGUUAAUUUUUUUCAUGGAAGAUCACACUGAUCACAGUCAAAAAUGUGACAGUUCUCCAUGCGAAAGUGAUGAUAAAAGCAUUGAAUCCCUUCUGAAAAUUGUUUGAAUAAAAAUUAUGUGAUUUUUAUAAUA